GGGCUCCACGUGCCGGUGUCCGACCCGCAGCGGAGCAAUGGUCUGCCGGAGGCCGAGCCGGAGGAGGUGGCAGCGGAACCGGGCAGAGCCCCCGCGCCAGAGCCCGUCCGCUUCGGAUGGGUGAAGGGCGUGAUGAUCCGCUGCAUGCUGAACAUCUGGGGAGUCAUCCUCUACCUGCGCUUGCCCUGGAUCACCGCCCAGGCGGGAAUCGGGGGCACCUACUUCCUCAUCUCGCGGAGCCUCGGGCCGGAGCUGGGCGGCUCCAUCGGGCUGAUCUUCGCCUUCGCGAACGCGGUGGCCGUGGCCAUGCACACGGUGGGCUUCGCCGAAACCGUCCGGGACCUGCUGCAGGAGCACAACGCCCUCAUCGUGGACCCCACCAACGACAUCCGCAUCAUCGGGGUCAUCACCGUGACGGUGCUGCUGGGCAUCUCCCUGGCUGGCAUGGAGUGGGAGGCCAAGGCACAGAUACUGUUUUUCCUGGUCAUCUUGGUUUCCUUCAUAAAUUACCUGGUGGGGACGGUGAUCCCGGCCACCGCCGAGAAGCAAGCAAAGGGCUUCUUCAGCUACCGAGCCGACAUCUUUGCCCAGAACUUCGUGCCCAGCUGGCGCGGACCCGAGGGCUCCUUCUUCGGCUUGUUUUCCAUUUUCUUCCCAUCAGCAACCGGCAUCCUGGCUGGGGCCAACAUUUCGGGUGACCUGAAGGAUCCCGCCGUGGCCAUCCCCAAGGGCACCUUGAUGGCCAUCUUCUGGACCACCAUGUCUUACCUGGUGCUUUCCGCUACGAUUGGCUGGGUUUCCCCAGGCAGCUCCAUGCCCAGCAUCCCCCCAGCAGCCCAGCAGGCACCCGUGCCAAGCAUGAGCAUGGUGUCCGGCUUCGGCCCCCUCAUCACAGCGGGGAUCUUCGGCGCUACGCUCUCCUCGGCGCUGGCCUGCCUCGUCUCAGCCCCCAAAGUCUUCCAGUUUGGCAUCGUCAUCUUCCUCCUGGGAUACGUCCUCUACAAAAAGCCAGACAUCAACUGGGGCUCCUCCAUGCAAGCCAGCUCAUACAACAUGGCCCUCAACUACUCGGUGGGGCUGAGCGACGUGGACGAGCACAUCAAGAACUACAGACCGCAAUGCCUGGUGCUGACCGGCCCUCCUAAUUUCCGCCCGGCGCUGGUGGACUUUGUGGGAACGUUCACCAAGAACCUCAGCCUGAUGCUCUGCGGCAACGUGCUGAUCGGACCGCGGAAGCAGAAGAUGCCAGAGUCCCAGCUGAUGGCAGAUGGCCACACCAAGUGGCUCAGGAAGAGGAAGAUCAAGGCUUUCUACACGGAUGUGGUGGCUGAGGAUCUGAGGAGCGGCGUCCAAAUGCUCAUCCAGGUAGAGCCACCCUCAGCUGUCGACCGUCAGGGUCCCUCUGCUCCCCCGGCCACCGUUAACUGCUUUCUCCUCCCUCCUUCCAGCGACGCCUUCGAUUUCAAGUAUGGCGUGUGCUUGAUGAGGAUGAAGGACGGGCUGAACGUCUCCCGAGUGGUGCAGGCUCACGUGAACCCCAUGUUCGAGGUGGCGGAGCAGCCCGGGGAGAAUGGCACUGGCGGCAGAGCAGUCCCGGGCACAGCGGACCCCACCGCCUUGGCUGGCGAGCAGCAGGCGAGCACCAUCUUCCAGAGCGAGCAGGGCAAGAAGACCAUCGACAUUUACUGGCUCUUCGACGACGGAGGUCUGACGCUGCUCAUCCCCUACCUCCUGGGGCGCAAGAAGCGCUGGGGAAAGUGCAAAAUCCGGGUGUUUGUCGGCGGGCAGAUCAACAGGAUGGACGAGGAGAGGAAGGCCAUCAAGAGGUUCGACGACCUGAUCACUCCCUUCCGGCUGAACGACGGCUUCAAAGACGAGGCGGCGGUGAACGAGAUGAGGCAGGGCUGCCCCUGGAAGAUCUCUGACGAGGAGGUCCACAAAAACAGAGCCAAGUCGCUCCGACAAGUGAGGCUGAAUGAGAUUUUGCUGGAUUACUCGCAGGACGCGGCGCUCAUAGCCAUGUAGGUGCCNNNCGGCAGGAAGGGUCGCUGCCCCAGCUCCCUCUACAUGCCCAGGCUGGAGACCCUCUCGCAGGACCUAAGACCCCCCGUCAUCCUCACCCGCGGAAACCAGGAGAACGUGCUGACCUUUUACUGCCAAUAA